UGCGCGCGUGGUGUAAGAGUUGAUUCGCUUUGGUUCUGUAUUUUGUAGUGUUGGGUGACCUGGUGACCAAAGAUCUGCGCUCGAGCUUUGUAUCGUUAAGAAACACUGUAUAAUAGACAGUUUUUGGAUAAGGAUAUAUUUUCUGGAUCAAGAUUCGUUUGCAGGCACACUUUUACGGAGAGUAUUCCAGAAAAUGCACUUGUGACCAGAUUGUACCGGCAGGUGAAUUCGUUUAAAAGAUAAAGCAACGGCAACAAGAACAACAAUUGAAAGUUAGAACUUCACAAGCGCAAAGACACCUGAAGAUGUCGGAAGAAGAGGAAACGGUCUCCAAAGAGCAGCUGUAUACAGCAAUAGGAAUGUUGGCGGUUUUUUCCGUUGUUGGCGUCAUCGGCAACGCUCUUGUUCUGUACGUAUUUUCAAAUUUCAAACAGAAACUGACUUCGACUAUCUUCAUUCUAACAUUAGCCGGAACGGACUUCAUCACCUGCUUAAUCACCAUACCGUAUACCAUAGUGGUAGAGAUCCUAGAAUAUUCAUUAUAUUAUAACAUUGUGUGUCAAAUCUAUCAGUUUUUGAUUACGACAACGGUCCCGUUUUCGGCUUUUGUUAUGGUAGCCAUUGCCGUAGACCGGUAUUUAUGCAUCUGUCAUCCGUUCCGGCACGCUAUGACGAUCCGAAGGGCGGAGUACAUCGUCGCUGUCUUAUGCGCCCUUGCGGUCAUGCUCGGAAUAUUGUGUUGUUUGAACUACGGAGUAUUGGAUAUGUAUGCGGAUAUUCCAGUUUCUAAUUCUUCGUCCAAGAACGGUACAACAAUGUACAACAGUUCUACAUUGUUAUCUGGCCAUUUCGCUACAGGGAAUGCGAUUCACAAUGCCACCAACUUCACAUAUGACCAACCAGUGCUAACGGAACGUGUCCUGAUACAAGCUGGAGUGUGUAUGCCCAUUAGCAUGGACAACCCAUUUUUCCAUGUCUAUCAGAAGAUUUAUUCAAGUUUCUUCGCAAUUUGUGCAGUCAUCGUCAUGGUCCUUUACGCUAUUAUCUACCGUUCUGUGUUGGCAAGGCGACGACAAAGGUUAAAGAUCGUCACCAACAAAUGCUGUGGUUUCUGGAAUGCUAUUCCGAACGAGACUGAAACCACAGAAAUAUCUACAUUAACAAACGUAUCUGAUGUUCCUGACGUAGAAAAACAUGACAAAUCUGUACAAAAGAAUGGAACGAAUUCGUCCACGCCACAACCGGGUGAAAAAGAUGUUAUAAUUCGCCCAAGCAAUGUGUCCAGGGCAAAACUUGAAAAAAUGAAAUUAGCUAAUAUAAAAACUGCGUUUAUGCUUUCGAUUGUAACUCUUGUUUUUAUUGUAGCGUUCCUGCCUUCGUGGCUAGUGGCUUUGCGAGUUUUCAAAAUGAAUGUGGUUGUUUUCUACAUGUACUUCUCAUACAAUGUGGCUAAUCCCGUUAUCUAUGCUUUCAUGAACAACACGUUCAAAGCUCAGCUGAAAGAGCUGUUCAAGUGUAAGUCUUAACAGUGAAAAUCCAUCUCGUCAAAGACAACAACAACUUGUAAUACACAAGAUAAUAAGAUCCUUAAAAUGCCCGCCAUUACUGUAAUAUGGCGUGUGUACAUAAUUCACAGUAACCAUCGAGGACAUGUCUUGUAGAUUGUCUGAAGGCGCUGGAAUGUUUUGAAUGUUUAGCGGAAAUGGAUUAAAUUCUGAAAAUGUACCAGUAAUACAUGAAUGCAUAUCCGAAAAGGUUUUUCAGACGUUUCUAUAAAAAAAACGUUACACAAAAAUGACCUAAUGGACUCUACUUUUUCCUCGUUAGGUUUUUAUCAUUGUUACAAUUAUGUUACAUUUCAUUUUUCUAUAAUAUUUUCACUGCAACUUUCAGUCAUGCAUGCUUUGAGAAAAAGUUCAAACGGGAAAGGAUAUAACCGUUUCCUUCAUGCGUUUUUUUUUUUGUUCUUUCGAUCGUUAAUUUAUAAUAAACUCCCGUGGAUUAUAUAUAUAGGGGUUGAUGCAAUCGAGUCACUCACUGAUUUAACAUGAGAAUAACAUGUAGACCAAAGAUUAUAUUAGAAAAUAUUUGCCAAAAUGUAUGAAACAUUUUCUCGUAACACACUCGUUUGUCUGACGUGUUUUUUGGCCCGAUUGUCUAUAGUCUCGCAUUGUGACUGGCAGACAUCCCACACUAUCUUUGUCAUUACAAAUGAACUUAUAUUUUUUCUGAUAUUUGAGUUAAUUCAUAUGAUCAUCUUAUAAUCCGUGGGUCAUCGUAAAUCCGGACCAGAUACGCAGUUAAUUUGGAAGCUGAACAGAAACAUAUUAUUAUGUAAUUAUUAUUGAAAAAACUGACCGGAUUUAUGGGAUUUCAUUUAUCAUUUUUAUCUGCUUUCUCACUCUUCCUCUAUAUGCGCCUAAUUAAGAGCUUUCUGGGAAUGGCACUUUUGAAAAUAGGUUUUGCGCAAGUCUUAAUCUCCUACGAUACUCCAUUGGUUACGCCCACUUGCGUCCUCUGCACAGAGCGUAAGUGAGCGUGACCCCUGGAGUAGCGAUGAUGGUCGUAAUGGGCUAUUUUAGAAGUGUAUACAAUAAUUUUGAGCAUAAUUGUAAUGUAGCAUAGGAAAAAUAUGUUAAAUAUGACCAUAUGUUAUCGUGAAAAAUAUUGUAAAUCGCUGAUAUAUUGCUAGUUUGCAAAUAAAAUCAACUGCGAUUUAAUAUUGAUUCAAAGACAUUUCUAAAUGUAUAUUUUCCGUUGUAAGUCGGUUUCAAGAAUUAAUAUUAGGUUAGGUUCAUAGGGUUUUGUAUCCUUUUAACAGGUAAGGUAUUUAAAGGCCGUGCCCAAUGCGUGAAAUAAAUGCGUUUAUGUUUGAGGCAUUUUUGUACAUUAAAAAUUCUCGGACGAAACAGUCGUUGUUGAAUGAAAGGUAGCAUUCCUGAUUUUUUUUUAUUUCAUAGUAGUUUCAAAAGGUGUGUUCUCAUGUUUUGUAUUAACAAUUAUUUUCAUGUUCUUGUAAUACAGCAUACUAGACGUAAUUGAAAUCUUUAAACGUAACGGAACCUCGCAGUGUUGUGAUCGCCGCAAUAGUGCGGACAUAGUAUCGUUUUGAAAGAAAAUAUUAGCUCUCAAUCGUGAAGGCAAUAUGAAUUUUGUACUGAAGCAGAAGAUGGUACGUUUUAAAGAUUUAUUUUAGGAAAAUACAAUUCUUAAUUAGUUAAAGCCUGAAACGGACACUUCUAAGAGAGGGUGUUUGCUCUCGUGUGCUUUUUUUGUAUUACAAGAUCUACCUAUUGUUUUAUUAUGUCAGUGCUUGCAAUCCACUGUUUGAUUUUAUUCCAUGUUUUUUUUACAGCUUAACGGAAUGUUUUCCUUUUGUAUUUUUUAGUCGAGAUCUUGCUAAUACGUAUACAUCUUUAUUAUGCUCAGCAGGUAUUUGCAAAAUUCAUAAAAUGAGAGGAACAUAUAUAUAACAUUAUGUAAACAAUGCUGUUGCAUCAUUUUGACAUUGUUAUAAGGGACCAGAAAUCCCUUUUAGCUAUAUUGAUAUAUUGAUAAUAUAUGCUUCUAAUCUUGAAUGUACAGAAUUUGCAUGAUGGUGAAGUUAUAAUGAAUUUGACACCCGCUUCAUCUCAUUUCAUGUUUAAACUUUUUUCUCUAAAAUACCUACAUCAUAGAUAGAACACGUGACGGCAUGUGCUAUUUAAAAUGAUUUACUUCUGUACUACCUUACAUAAGUCUAACGAAGAUCGGUGAAUGUACGUGCGUUCAGCUGAUGAAACAGAAGAAGUACGAGAGUAUCCCGAGUUUUUUUCUUGUUUGAUUACAUGAUUCUUUUUAUGGAAAUAUAUUCUCUAUGAUGUUUCUUUUAGUGUUUUCCAGCAGCCAACAUGUAUUUUGCUUUACACCACCUCAUUCUAAUAUCUUGUUUGUUCCUUAGUUUCAAAGAUUAAUAUUAUUCUAUGAAUAUGAUAUAAAAACAAAAAGUGUAAGAACAAUGAGACUUAAAAUAAUUAUUAUUCUUUUUCACAACAAUGUUUUUUUAACUUUAGAACUCAAAUUGGUUUAUUUAUAAGUACAGUCAAUCUACGGAUAUUUCCGGACCUGUUGCCUUUUUUACAACUUAUCAUCGCGAACAAGUUACUACCUACAAUAUAAUCCGUUCUGCUUUUGGUGUUGAUUUGAUACUCACAAGUUUGAUUUUGUAAAAAGGAUUAAUGAAAUGUGAAUAAUUCAAAACAGUCAUUACCUAAAUGUAGAUAUAGUAAUCUAUACCCACAUAGUUUGGAAAUUGAGGGGAUAUCGGUUUCCAAUUUAAACUGAAAAUUACAUUGCAUGAAUAUUUAAGUCAUAUUAGCAGACAAUACAUUAUAAGCAAGCGUACUGCAGGGUGGAACAAUAUACGCCCUUUCAAUGCCGAUCUAACCUAUUUAAUAAUCUUAUGAUGCAUCAUUGUAACUAUUCCGGAAAAACGAUGAAAGAAAAAACACAUGACAUACUGCACCUGACCAACUUAAGGCAUAAAUACAUUUCACGUAUCCUUUAUAACAUAUAGAAAAUAUUUGCAUAGGAAUUGUCUCACUUUGUACAUAUUUCAAACCAAAUUAAAAAUGCCAAUAAUUAAUUCACCUUACACCUUUAAAACUAAAGGUAUUUUUAUUGUCUUUUAAUUACUGGGAGAUUUAUAAGACGAUGUGUUAAUAUUGACAAAAUCUCAUCAGAAUCCUGUGAUAUUUGACAUAGUUGCUUUGCGGAAACUGCUGAUCAAUCAGAUAGAAGCUUACUAAUAAAUUAUGCGCAGGUUUUACUCAUCUUUGUGCUUAGUCACUGAUAUUGUAUAAAAAAAAUAUUGACCAAGUUUCAUCAGAAUCCAGUCAUAUUUGACAAAGAAACUCAGAAACUCAACCAAUCAGACCACCUUAUGCAUAUUAUUUUGACUGGAUUUCGCUCGACUAAACUUAAAAUCAGUCUUCAAAGUCAUCGAAAUCGACAACUUUAUUUUAGAAAUCGACUAUUCAGAUCACUGACCGCUAACUCGUUAUGCGCGCAUUUUGCUCAACAUUCAAUUUAGCGUCGGUCUUUGUCAAAAUGUUAAUGCAUACCGAAUUCCAUCUAAAUCGAACGAUAUAUAAACUAGUGAUCUUGCGGAAACGUAAGCUUUGACGGUCGGACGGACGCUCCAAAUGCCACAAUACGGCAACAACACGACUACUGUUAGAUGUUCAGUUGUGUAACCGCAGACCGUACCAUUACCGUUCAUACAUCGAGCGCACAACAUUUCCUUAACUGUGCGAAUUAAUAGUCGCUCGCCCUGAUCUUGUUGUCCGACAAGGUAAAAUCAGUGGAUCGAUUUUACGGUAUGAAAAACAUCCGAAAGGUUCAUUUGAAAAAACAAAUUGCAUCGCAUACAUAUUCUUUAUCAAAUUGGUAUAUUUUACACUUCAUAUUAAUUCUUCAAUGCAUGUAACACGUUAAUGCAGUGACCGUAAAGUUGUCAAUAAAGGGGACGUGUCAGGUACAGUAGAAGUAAACGUACGUAGUGAAAUUCAUGAAAUUAAUCGCCAACUAAACUUCUGUAAUGCUUUGUAUGGAGAUUGCACACCUUCUCUACGGUUUAGUAGUCAUAUCAGGAAUGGUAUUUAUUCAUAGGUCAUUCCUUUUUCGUAAAAAAUAUCGCACAGUUGUGCGCACACAGGACCUCGUGUAACGUUGUGCAACCCCACAAAUAAAUCAAAUUAAGUAAAUUAAAAUUGCAUUAGAGUGUCACGAUAUGUCAAUUAAUUCAGGUAAAAUAGUAAUUGUAUGAUUUACAUUUUGUGGCGAGAACAUCUUUUUGUAAGGAGAUGGAUGUCACAGAAUGGUAGCAUACAUCUUUAACUAGCCUAGAAUGUGUAUAUAAUUAUAAUACUCUUAACACGAUAAAGAUAUUUCAAAGUUCCGCAAACGUCAUGAUACUUUAAGUCGUUGAUAUUUAAAAAGUAAUUCAAACUGAAAACAGUUGUAUUUUUUUAUAUGCAGGAACUAUUUAAUUAUAAUCUAUAAAAUCGAAUUUCAUCUUAACAUUCAUAUUAGGCUUCCUCAAUAUUCCAAUGGUGAAAACAAAUUUAGCACUUUCUAUUUUUUUUAUGUAUGAAGGUGAAUUACAUUGACAGCGAAUAUUGCUUAGUAAACUACUUAAUCCUUAUAUGUAAAGGGCGACAUUUAGACUUGACAAAUAUGAAUGUUGUCAGUAAAAAGGGAAAGUCGGACUUUCAAUACAAUAUUUCAGUAUAUUAUAAAUGAAUAAUAGAUCGCACGACUUUACUUACUGGUAAAGUAAUUUGGAUGUCUUGUUUAAUUUCCAGUAUUCGUACAAUACGUCUUUGUUGCAUAUCCUUAUACAUUAACAUAUAAUAUCUCUCUGACGUUAGCACUCAUUUUUACAGCCGUUCACACAAGAUCAAAACAAUAUUUUCCAAAGUUUGAUUACGUGAUAAAUGAUAAGGCAAAUAUUUUCAUUUAAUGAAUAAAUAUAUCUAUCGAUACACACUUACCAUGUUAUUAUGGAUGAGAAAAUAUAUAUAUUAUGCGCUACCCCAAAUUGAUGUCCCGGUCCAGUUUGUUUACAGUCUCAGUUAAAUAAAAUCUAAGAUAACUGAAAAGUUUAUUUGUAAAAUCGAUAUAACGGAGUAUGUCUAAAUGUGUAAGUUUUGUUUUAAACAGAUUUGUAACAUAUACGAUACAUCGCAAAAAUGUCAAUAUAACAUUGCACAACCUCAUAUAGCCUUAUAGUUUAUAAACAACUGUGUCUUUGCUAUAAACCUAUAAAUACCACGCACCGUGAAUGGUAUUUUGUAAUUUACCUUGUUUCAUUAGUUUUUCUUCUUGACAAAAACAUCACAUAGUUUGCCCUUAUGUAAGCUGUAUGAUAUAUAUAUAUAUACGUUUUAUGAAGGUGAAAUAUAUAUACGU